AUGAAGGGUCAAGCUAAAAGAUUUGUGGACCACAAGGGGAAGGCGCACGACAUGGACCUCAAGAAGAAACAGAAAGAGAAAGAAGGAAAGGAGACAAGGACGGACGAAGUGGGAUUCCUGCAGCUGUGGCGCUACGCGACGCCUGUAGAGCGGCUCGCCACAUGCCUGGGCGUGCUGGCGUCGUGGCUAUGCUCUUGCGGGCUCGUGCUAGCCGUGCUCAUAUACGGGGAGCUGACAGCACUGUUCGUGGCGAGGCACAAGGCGUCGAGGGCCACGUCACCAGCGGUACUUCACUUGUUCCACGGUGGGAGAGAAGUACCGGACGGCAACCGCUCUCUUCACAUGGACGCUCUAAUAGAAGACUCCAUAGCGUUUGCGCUGGCCAGCGCGGCCAUCAUGGCUUGCCAGCUGCUGGCGGCCGGCGCAGCCGUCACGCUGGCCAACUGGGCUGCUUCUAGAAUGGUGUCGCGGCUACGCUACCGGCUGCUGCGCUCCGUGCUUCGCCAAGAGAUGGCGUUCUUUGACACCAACACUACGCUCAACUUCGCCUCUGCACUAACAGAAGACAUGGACAAAUUCCGAGGCGGCGUGGGCGAGCACGUGGUGAUGACGUCAUAUCUCGCCGGCUCUGUCGUCGCGGCAGCUUCUCUCUCGCUCUACUACGGCUGGCAACUCACUCUGGUCGGCCUGGCCAUAGUUCCUAUAGCUAUUCUAGUCGCCGCUACUGUUGCUAAGUACCAAACAAGAUGUUCCGCGGAGGAAGUGGCGGCGUACGGUGCCGCGGGACGUACGGCCGAGGAGGCUCUCGCCGCCAUCAGAACCGUGCGAGCGUUGGGAGGCGAGGAGGUGGAGGUACAACGCUACAAACGUCUUUUAGAACCAGCUAAGGCGGCCUCAUCCCGUCGCGGACUGUGGGCCGGCGCGGGCUCCGGGCUGGGCUGGCUGCUGACCUACUCACUCAAUGCCGUCGUGUUCGCGUACGGGACCACGCUGUGCGUGCGCGACAUGAACCUGCCGCCGGAGGAGCAGGAAUACCAUCCCGGGAUCAUGGUCACUGUCCUCUUCUGCACGUUCAUGGCGUCCCAGAACAUCGCGAUGUGCCACCCGCACCUGGAGCUGUUCGCGGGCGCGCGCGGCGCCGCCGCCUCGCUCUACCGCCUGCUGGAGAGGCGGUCCAAGAUCGACGCCAUGCUGGACCGGGGGGAGAGGCUGGACAAGCUGGAGGGGGAGAUCGUGUUUGAGGAUGUCUACUUUAAUUACCCGUCGAGGCCUGAUGUGAAGGUACUCCGCGGCUUCAACCUGCGCGUGUCCCCCGGCGAGACCGUCGCCCUGGUCGGCGGUUCCGGCUGCGGCAAGUCCACGACCUUGCAGCUGCUGCAGAGACUCUAUGAGCCAGCUGGAGGCAGCGUGAAGGUGGACGGGAGGCCGUUGAAUGAGCUGAACAUCACGCACUACAGGAGGAGUAUAGGCGUGGUAGGCCAGGAACCGGUCCUCUUCGGCGGCACCAUCCGCGAGAACAUCGCGCUGGGCCUGGACCACGUCAGCGAGGCUGACAUCAUCGAGGCUGCUACCGUCGCUAACGCGCAUGGGUUUAUCUCGAAACUCAAAAACGGCUACGACACAGUGAUCGGCGAGCGAGGCGCUUCGCUCUCCGGCGGACAGAAGCAGCGCGUGGCCAUCGCGCGCGCCGUCCUCCGGAAACCCGCCAUUUUGCUGUUAGACGAGCCUACUUCUGCGCUGGACCCGGCUGCAGAACGACAGGUACAAGCAGCGCUGGAUGCAGCCAGCAAAGGAAGGACCACGCUAGUUGUAUCACACAGGUUGUCGACGAUAGUCAACGCAACCCGUAUAGCCUACGUGGAGCAUGGAGCGGUGCUGGAGCAGGGCUCACACCGGGAACUGUUGGAGAAGAAGGGACUCUAUUGGAAGCUGUUACAAGAGGACAUGAGCACAGAAACCAUGGAGAAGACCUGCUCAGACGUGGAGUCGGACGGAGACGACGAUGUCGUCGAGGAGAGCCCGUUCAAGAGAGCGCCGAGCAUUCGCUCAUCGAGGCGAGAGUCCGUGACACCGGAGCGUAUACUACGCGGCAGCAUGCGGCUGGGCUCAGUGGCAGGUGCACAUGUACCCAACGUAGCUGUGCCUGAUCUGGACCACAUUGAGGAAACAUACGAGACUGAAGAGGAAGCAGCCGAGGCCCCAGUAUCGAGCAUGCAACUUCUCAAGCUGAACGCGCCGGAAUGGCCGCUGUUGCUCGGUGGAGGGUUCGCGUCACUCCUCGUAGGCGCCACGAUGCCUGUGUUCGCGCUACUGUUCUCACAAAUAUACGCGAUGUUCGCGGAAUCGGACCCCAACAAGAUUCUAUCCCAGUCCCAACUAUACGCCGGCCUAUUCGCCGGUGUGGCCGCCACGUGUGGCGUCGUCACGUUCCUCCAGGCAUGGUUGUUUGGCCGCGCCGGGACCCGGCUCACUACGAGGCUUAGGGAGAAUACACUCAGGAAUUAUCUGUACCAGGAGCAGGGCUGGUUCGACCGCGCGCAGAACUCGGUGGGCGCGCUGUGCGCCCGCCUCGCCACGGACGCCGCCGCUGUGCAGGGCGCUACAGGCACCCGACUGGGCACGGUGCUGCAAGGCAUCAGCACCAUGGCGAUCGGCGUGAGCCUGGCCAUGGCCUACUCUUGGAAGAUGACUCUCGUGUCUCUGCUCAGCGUGCCUUGCGUGAUCGGUGGUAUCUACUUGGAGGGUUACGUGAUGAAGAAGGCCGAGGUUAAGGAGAAGAGGGCGCUGGAGCAGGCGUCGAGGGUCGCCACAGAGGCCGUGUCCAACGUGCGGACCGUGCAGAGCCUCGGCGUAGAGUCCACAAUCCUGGACAAGUACCUGUCAAACCUGCAGGAAGCCAGCGCGCGCGCCGGCCCCGCCUCCCUCCUGCGCGGACCCGUCUACGGACUCUGUCUCUGCGCGCCUACACUAGGAUAUGCUGUGUCUCUGUCUUAUGGAGGAUAUCUGAUUGCGAGAGAAGACUUGCCUUAUGCCUACGCUAUACUGGUGUCAGAGGCGCUGAUCUACGGCGCGUGGAUGCUGGCGGAGGCGCUGUCGUUCGCGCCCAACUUCGCGGCGGCGCGGCGCUCCGGCGCGCGCGUGUUGCGGGCCUUGCAGCGCACGCCCGGGGUCAUCACCGAGGGAACUGCCGCUGAAAUACCAGACUGGACGGCGACCGGCGACAUCACGAUCAGCGACGUGCACUUCACGUACCCGACGCGGCCCGGCGCGCCCGUGCUGCGCGGCCUGUCGCUCGCGCUGCCGGCCGGCAAGCGGCUCGCGCUAGUCGGCACCUCCGGCUCCGGGAAGAGCACCAUCGUGUCGUUGCUGCUGAGGAGUUACGACGCCGACAGCGGGAACAUGUUGUUGGACGGUGCCGACAUCCGGCGCACGCUGACGCUCCGCCAGCUGCGCUCGCAGCUCGGGCUCGUGCAGCAGGAGCCGGCGCUGUUCGAGCGCAGCAUACGCGAGAACAUAGCCUAUGGAGACGCCAGCCGGAAGGUGUCCAUGGAUGAGAUCAUACACGCGGCCGAACAGGCGAACGUGCACAGCUUUAUCGCCAGUUUACCUCAGGGCUACGAGACGCGACUGGGCCAGGGCGGCGCGUCACUAUCAGGUGGUCAGAAGCAGCGUAUAGCCAUCGCGCGCGCGCUGGUGCGGCGACCGAGAGUUCUGCUACUCGACGAGGCUACAUCCGCACUGGAUGCUAACAGUGAAAAGACGGUACAGGCAGCGCUGGAGGCGGCGUCUGAAGGCCGGACCACCAUCACCAUCGCGCACAGACUGGCCACCGUCAGACACCACGACCUUAUCGCUGUUGUCGACAAAGGAGUGGUGGCAGAGAUCGGCAGCCAUGAUGAGCUGGCGCGCAAGCGCGGCCUGUACUGGGAGCUGCUACAGCAGCAGGGGCCGUGCUGAGCCGCCAUCUUGGCAAGCCGCCAUCUUGUGUAGCCACCAUCUUGUGUAGCCGCCAUCUUGUGAUUGUGUUCAACGUUUUAGUUAUUGAUUGAUUAGUAAUCUCAUUUUCAUGGCAGCGUUCAUACGCUAA